AUGGGUGUUCGCCACGCCGGUGCGCUCGGCAGGCAGGGUCGAGCUGUGGAGGGAGUAGAUGCGGACGUCGACGAGUUUGGCCGGAAGAAGCGCCGGAAGAAGGGCGCGCAGAAGCCCGCGCCUUCUGUUGGGUCGCCCAGUGCGGCCGACACUGCCAAGGACGGCGCGCCCGCGGCGGCGGACGGCCCGGGCGAGGACGCCCCCGGCGGCGCCUGCGAACGGCCCGGCAGGGGCGCCAAGGGCAUGUCGGAGAAGCACAAGGCUGCCCUUGAGCGGUUGCACGCUCGCAGGCCGAAGAAGGCGUACGAGGAGUUCUUCCAGCGCCUGCGGGCGUCUAUGGCGCCCUGCGCGGCCCCGGCGGCGGCCUGCCUGCCGCAGCACACAGCCGUGGCCGCGUCUGGCGCCGUGCCGGAGGCAGCCGCUAGCGGCGCCGCGGGCGGAGCUGUCCCGCCGCCGAUGUUGCCGCCGCCUGCGGCGCUGCAGGCCGCAGCCAUGGCGCCGCAGCCCCCGCAGCAGGCCGCGGCGGCGGCGGCCGCGGCGUGGGCCGCAAACCGCGCCGCCCUCGCGCAGCUCAACGCUGCGGUGGCGGCCGGGGACGCCGCCGCGAUCCAGGCCGUCAAGGAGAGGGGCGCCCCCUGGGCGGGAGCGGAGCGGGCGGAGCCCGCCGAGGGCGGCCCCUCGGGCUCGGCGGAGCGCUCCCCGGUGCCCGCGCUGCUGCUGGUGACGCUGCCGAGCUGCGCCGCGCUGUUUGCGGAGGCGGCGAUUGCCGCGGCCCGCAAGGCGCCGCCGCACGGCGUCGGGCGACUGCUGGCAAAGUCCGGGCGGCUCGGGUCGCUGGCGCGGGGCGUGGACGUCCGGAGGUUCGGCAAGAGCAGCCUGGGCGUGGAGCUGAAGGUGGUGCAGGCCUACCUGAACAAGGUGAAGGGGGCAUUCACGAAGAACUGGGAGCGCGGCGGCUUCCGCUGA